AUGACACUUGAUCACGAUGACGAUGAAGAAUUCGGCGAUUUUCAAGAUGAAAGUGCUGAUUCGGAAGACGAAGAUGCUGAUCCUAGUUUUGAUGAGAUGGUUAAAGGUGAAAAGGGGUCGAUCAAAGCAAAUUUCAGUCUCGAUUACAUGAAGAAGAUUGUUGAAUAUUAUGAUGCGCGUGACUUGAACGGAAGGAGGAGACACACAUGGAAAUCUACACAACAUCGAUUCAAAUCUAUUCCUCAUCGACAACAUAUCGCUCGUUUUCGUCACUAUAUUGAUCAACAUGGUACAAAAACGGAGAAAAUACAGACUGUCGACGACUUUGUCUAUGAAAAAUUUGAAGAAGCGCGAGACAAUGCAUUAUUGUAUUGCUAA